ACAGAGAUCAUAAGACAGUAUGAUCCUCGUUAACAUAUGAGACAGACUUCACAUGGAGAAUCAUCAUAGGUCAAUUUACUUUUGCACUAUACGCUUUUUGUUAGACUAGAACAAUAUUUUGAGAACUGGAUCAUUUUGGUUAAGUACUUAUUGGGUCACUAUCUGAAGAAACUGGUUGAAUUUUGUGAACCCGACUGAGUCUCCGAAAAACAGGGGUCUAACCACCUCUUGAUCACACAGGCAAAGCGGGCGUUCGCAUUUUAGACACCAGGAACCAGAGGUGAUUAGCAAUUCAAGGAAAAACAGCCAAGUACCAGUUACAAUAUAUUGAGUCCAUACACAGAGUUGGAAGUGUAUAAAGAUAUUGGAAUUCGGAAUCCAUAGCUGUGAGAAUACCAAUUACAGGAAAGUGACCAAGGGGCGGAGCAUUAAAGAUGAUCUUAUUAGAGAAGCUGGGGCAGCAGUUGGGUCAUCCCACCCGGUCAGUGUAUGGUUGGCUGAUCACUAAGUUCCUGAAGUAUCACAACAAGAUGUUAGAGGAGAGUGCGGUGUCUCUGUCUGGGAUCCAGCCUGGAGAUACAGUGUUAGAGCUGGGCCACGGGCCAGGUCUGGGCCUGAAGGCUGCAGCCACACUGCUGACAGAACCUACUGGGAGACUCAUAGGAGUGGACUACUCACAAUACAUGCACAAGAUGGCAGGUGAUCUUCUGAAGGAGUUGGUGUCCAAUGGGAAGGUGUCUCUGUAUCAGUGUGAUGUGGCAGCCAUGCCUCUAGCAGACAAUAUGGUAGACAAGGUGUUCCACUGUAAUUGUUACUACUACUGGCCAGACCUGAGGAAGGGAGCUGCAGAGAUACACAGAGUCAUGAAACCAGGAGGUGUGAUGGUGACCACUCUGAGACUGAGCAGAGUGGUCAGCUUUGCGUCCAGGAGGGAGUUCCCUGGACUGAACUGGCAACCCGAGGCCUACAUGGCAGCUCUGAGAGCCUCUGGGUUUAACCAGGUCACAAUGGAGGAUCAUCAACACAGACACAUCACCUACCAGGCCAUUUACGCUACUGCUGAUAAGUGAUGAACACACACACCAUCAUUUGUCAUUCAGGAAUCGAGGAUCACUUUCUUUUUUAAAUAAAUAGCUGUGGAUUGUUUCAUAUCACAAAGCUCGUUGGCCUCUGCCUGUUAGGGCAGCGUGGCAACAUGCCAAGCUGAUUACCGAGUUGUGAAAAACAUCUAGAAUAUGUGAAGUCGUGUCUUGAGUAUAAUAAAAAAUGUUGACACAGGAGAUAUAGGAGAGUCUCUCUCUCCAGAAUGGCUCAGUAGGGCAGGGGUGUGUGGUGAAGAUAUAGGAGAGUCUCUCUCUCCAGAAUGGCUCAGUGGGGCAGGGGUGUGUGGUGAAGAUAUA